AUGAUCGACAACGAUUUAGAAUCCUGGGAAGCCUACAGAGACUCCGACCAGGAGGACGCAGAUCCGGCAAAGGACGCCUCACUUGAGGAGCUUUCUGACAAGCUGAAAUCACAAAAGCUGAGUGAGGAUUCCGACCUCCACUUCACCAACGACCUCUUUUCCGGCUACAGCAACAUAAAGCCCGAGAGCUCCGACAAUCUAUUCUCAACAAACGCCAUUAAGCAGAUAGCUCUCGCGGACCCCUUCUCCCAAAUCGAGCUCAAGUGCCUAAAGGACUGUGAGACCACCUCUAAGAAGCUGUCGCAGAAGAUUGACGCCAGCCCGGCCAAGAGCGGCGUCUGGCUUCAGUUUUUGGACAUUCUGCUCCAGGCCUGCGAGAAGAAGAUGGACAUAAAGGACCUUCAGACUUACAAGCGCAAGGUGGAGAACUUCAUCAAGGCCAAGGAGGCGACCCACCGCGACAAGUCGUUCAACAAGAAGAAGCCGAACGGUACUGUUUCCUGCCCUGACCCUUGCGUAGAUAUCCCUGCGGGUAAAAACUACCAGGAUGAGCUCGACAUGCUCUACGGUGAGCUCAGCGACACUGACGAGCAGUUUCGUCGCGCUCUGUGCGAGCGUGCUCAGGAUUCUCCCAUACAGGCUCUGUUCCGGCCGUCUCAACGCCAUCCUCGUUAA